UGAUUAUGAUGUGUCUGGGCGAUGUCUUAUUUGGGUUGAGUCAUGCCGGAGUUCUGAAACUGUCUGCUAUCUGAAUUUCAGAAUCUCUUGACAUGUCUGGAAAUUUCUCCUUCAUAAUCUCAUGGAGAAGAGACUCUGUACCUUGUGAAGCAAAUUCGUCACUUUUGGGGGUCCCUAUAAGACGAAUAUUGGGUUUUUUCGAAUUAUCCCAGAGCUCUCUGAGAGAGUGAUAUAUUUUUGCCCUCCAUUUCUCUUCCUCUUUGAGAGUUUGGGAGCAUUCAAAAGCUUUGUCUUCAGUGUCAGAAAUCCUUUCUUCUGCUUGCUCCAUUCUGUUACUGAGGUAUUCUACUGUGUUUCUGAGAUCUUUGAGGGCUGCAACUUCUUGCCUCAAUGUGUCAAAAUCUUUGGUCAUUUGGUCUUUGAAUUCGUUGAAUUCUUGAGAUAUCUUUUGGGUUACUGCUUGGAAUUCUAAUUUGAUCUUAUUUGCUAUCCAGAUUCUGAAUUCGAUUUCUGACAUCUCAGCUAUUUGUUUGUGCAUGUGAUCUUGUGCUGUGUCUGUCCCAUUGAUCCUUCGGGGAGUUGAUCUAUUCUGAUUAUUCAUAUUCCAGAGUUUUUCUGUUGAUUUCGCCUCAUGAUUGUUUUUCACCGUUGCUUCUGGCUGUCCUCAGAGUUGGGGAGGUGUCUCUCCAAGAUUAGACCCCAGCGGGAUCACUCUAUUGUCGCUGGAUCUUUGUAGGGAGUGACCCUGUGUAGUUCCUCUGGGGCUGCCACAGCCAGGGAGUUCUGGUUGUGGAAGCAGCUCCGGAGUGUGACACACCUGGAUCCAGCAACAGGGCGGGAAGUGGUACGCACAGUUCUGGGAGUGCCUGGUGCCCAGGCACCAGCAGUCUCUGGCCAGGAGAAGGGCUCUGUGCAGAGACAGGGAGGGCUCCAGACGGCACGUGGCUACCAGAGUCCCUGGCCAGAUGAGUGGGCCGGUGUGGAGGCAGGGAGGGUACAGGAGGGAGGACGCAGGGUUGCACAGCUCCCGCAGUUCGUGGUCAGGGCAUGCGGAGGCCUGGCAGGUGCAGGUUGUGUGUUGGGGGGUCACAGCGCAGCUCUUACGGAGGUCCUGGCGGCGCCAAGCCCAGGAGUUUGGGGUUGCUAUGAGCUGUGACACCGCGGCACUCUACCCAGGGCAACAGCCAGAGGCUCCAGUGUGCCAAAACCAGUCUCACUCUGCCCCUGAGGGUUAAGGCUGUAAGGCAGCUUAGUCCCCGCCUUUAGGCUGCUCAGUCACUAGGUUACUAGCUCUCACCCGAUCUUUGCUGUGCGACCCUGAGGGUGGAGCUUGCCAGGGCAGUUCUCUCACAGUGGCUCCCUGCAGCCCACAGCCGAACAUUAUUAGCUCCGUCCGGCUCAGCGGCUCAGUCUGGGGCCCUAGACAAUGCCCCAAGUUCUCCGCACUUCUGCUCAAGCUCUCCCCAAGGCAGUUCAACUGAGUGCCAAGUCCAAAAACACCGAAACAGUUCACAGGUCAGGACCCUGCCAGCCCCAUCCGAACCACACACAUGGGGCAGGUGCGGGGGAGCCUCACUCACGUGAAGGGCACUGACAUGGGGGUCCACACUUUCCUGGGAAUCCCCUUUGCCAAGCCACCUGUAGGACCACUGCGGUUUGCACCUCCUGAACCCCCGGAGUCUUGGAGUGGCGUGAGAGAUGGGACCUCCCACCCGGCCAUGUGUCUGCAAGACCUCACUUCAGUGAAUGCAGGGGUUCAGAGCCUGUUCAAUGUGACCAUGCCUUCGAUCCCCAUGUCCGAGGACUGUCUGUACCUCAGCAUCUAUACACCUGCCCAUACUCACGAAGGCUCCAACCUAUCUGUGAUGGUAUGGAUCCAUGGUGGUGGGCUUGUCACGGGCAUGGCUUCCAUGUAUGAUGGCUCCAUGCUGGCAGCCUUGGAGGACGUGGUGGUGGUCACUAUCCAGUACCGCCUGGGUGUCCUGGGCUUCUUCAGCACUGGAGACAAGCACGCAACUGGCAACUGGGGCUUCCUGGAUCAGGUAGCUGCUCUACGCUGGGUCCAGCAGAAUAUCGCCCACUUUGGAGGCAACCCAGACUGUGUCACCAUUUUUGGCGGGUCCUCAGGUGGCAUAAGUGUGUCCUUGCAUGUUAUCUCCCCCAUGUCCCGAGGACUCUUCCAUGGUGCCAUCAUGGAGAGUGGUGUGGCCUUGCAGCCUGGUCUCAUGGUCAGCUCAUCUGAUAAAGUCUCCAUGAUGGUGGCCAACCUGUCUGCCUGUGGCCAGGUUAAUUCAGAGGCCCUGGUGGGCUGCCUGCGGGGCAAGAAUGAAGAGGAGAUUCUGGCUAUUAGCAAGGCCUUCAAGUUCUUCCCUGGUGUGGUAGAUGGGUCCUUUUUGCCCAAGCAUCCUGAGGAGCUGCUGGCCUCAGCUGACUUCCAGCCUGUCUCCAGCAUCAUCGGGGUCAACAAUGACGAAUAUGGCUGGCUCAUCCCCAAGGCCUUGGGCAUCUAUGAGCCCUGGAAGGAAACAGACAGAGAGGCCUGGAAAGAUAUUGUGCAGAAAGCAUUCCAAAUAUUGAUGUUGCCUUCUGAGUUUAGUGGGCUGUUGUUGGAGGAGUACAUGGGGGACAGUGGACAUCCCCAGUACCAGGAGAUGAUGGAGGAUUGCUUCUUCAUGAUUCCUGCACUCCGAGUAGCACAUUCUCAGUGUUCCCAUGCCCCUGUCUACUUCUAUGAGUUCCAGCAUCGGUCCAGUUUCUUCACAGCCAUCAAGCCACCUCAAGUGAAGGCAGACCAUGGCGAUGAAGUUUUCUUUGUUUUCAGAACCUUAUUGUGGAAUGAAGAUAUUGAAAUCACUGAGGAGGAAGAGCUGCUCAGCAGGAAGAUGAUGAAGUACUGGGCCAACUUUGCCCGAAAUGGGAACCCCAAUGGCGAUGGUCUGCCCCACUGGCCCGUGUUCGACCAGGAGGAGCAAUACCUGCAGCUGGACAUACAGCCCACAGUGGGCCGGGCCCUGAAGGCCCACAGGCUGCAGUUCUGGACGAAGACCCUGCCCCAGAAGAUGCAGGAGCUAAUGGAGGCUAAGGAGGAGCACACAGAGCUGUAGCUGCCCGUGUCAGGGCACGAGUGCCAUGGGGGUCUGACUGAUGUGCCCACACAUAACUACCAAGGGGCUGCACUUCAUUCCUUCACUCACAUGGCCAUUCAUUCAUUCUUCCAUCCAUCCACUCAGGAAACAUUUCUUAAGAACCUGCUGUGUGUUCUAGCUGUCAAGCCUGCCAUGCUUCCUUUCUGUACAAAUACUCAAUAAAUCCUCCCACAAAGCUGUGGAUGGACAAACCCUCUGGAAAACCACCUUCCCCAGUGCUCCACUGGACUCUGGGCCCAUCCUCCCUUCCUCUCCUCCACCUUCUCCCCACCCACUGGCUCCUCUCUUCUGAACCCUUAGAAGGGAGGUGAUUGGGGGAAUGUUGCCCACACCUAGGUGUCAAAAGCUUCUGUUCCCCAUCUCUACCACCCCACAUGCUCUCCUAUUUGUAGGUGGCCAAUAGAAAAGUUGGUUAUAAUAAUGCCUUGGUUCAUUCAAGUGACUGUAACAAAAAUGCCAUACCCUGCGUACCUUACAAAGAAGUUUACUGCUCACAGUUCUGGAACCUGGGAAGUCCAGGACC